CAUUUCAGCCUAUAUGGUAACGACAACAGCAUAGCCGGAGGAGGCCCUCUCCCUCUCUUCAGCUUUCCUCAGACAUCUCCGUCUCUCUCUGGCGUCUGCAAAUGCUUUAGUGCGUCUCCUUCGUGGCUGUGAUUUCAAUGGCGGAUUCUCGCAAUCUGCUAAUGCUAAGCUGAGUUGGCUCCCUUGCAUGCAAGCUUCUGAGUCUCCGUGUCAAAGUCUCCGUCUUUUCUACCCUCUCCUUCCGGCCUUGGAUUCAGAACCCUAGUUUUGCUGCUCACUCUGUCAACCCGCAGCUGUCUUCUUUGUGGGGUUUCUGGGGCCCUGCCCGGGGAAGUUCUGAGGUCAGCUGCGUGAGUGAUCAGGGUUUCAGAUUGCCAUCCUCAAUAUGGAUCAAUGCGGACUACUACUCUAUUAGGUCUCUAUAGGAACUUCAGGUGGGCUUUGGUGGAUCUGCAAAUGUUGAAGGUUAUAUGAUGUUUGUUCAGAAUAUUGGGCUGAAUGGUAGCUAGAGCUUAGCAUCCUUUUCACAUGAUCCGCAUGUAGCUGAAUGCUGUCGGGUGCCGUUUUUGAUUAAACAAAUGACUACUGACGGGAUAGAAAAUUCUUGGAAUUUCCCAGUGUAGUUAGGCUGUUAUGCGUUGGGGGAUUCUUGGUCAACUUGCGGGUUUUCAGUUCAAAACCUAUAGUGCAUGUCAGGUUUUCGGUUCAUCCUCGAGGCAGUGUCGAGAGUUGCUUUCCACUCAUUAUGGCUCAUUAUUUUUCGUUUUGGGCUGUGAGAUAUGAAUGGCAUUCUUUUUUAGUUGUUCUUUGUCAUAUAAGAUCACAAUAAAUAUUAUUAAACCGAAUUCUUGUAGUGACUUGCUCAGUCUUCAUUAUACUUUUCUCCACGAAUGUUUUUAUGAGACAGUAUGUUGUUACAUAUGCCCAUGACUGAUGUAUCAGGCUGAGAAAAUGAUCCCUCUGACGAAGCAGUACCGCUGCAUACACUCAAAAAGUUGUCAGUGCACCAAGGGGCAUCUGAAUGAAGAUGUUAUUUACCUGGUCUUUCAGCAGAUGAACUGGAACCCUAAUGCAAUUGCCAGUUUGUCCUGCACAUGCAAGUGGUUUGAUGAUCUUGCCAAGCGAGUCCUGUGGAAGGAGUUUUGUAGAACUAGAGCUCCUAAGAUGAUGCAGGAUCUGCAGUCCGGUGGUAGUCAUAGUGUUGAUGGCAACUGGAGGGCACUGGGGAAGCUUCUGAUAUACUGUUCAGGGUGUACCAAGGGCAGCUUGUUUAAUGGCGUCCACGUACCUGGUCACUUUGUUUACAGGACCAGGUUCUCGCGAACAUCAGGGAAGAGCUUCCUUUUGCCACAGUGCAGAACAGACGUUUUAUAUGUGUCUGAUCCUUGCGAACAUCUAGACCAAGGAGAUGAGGGGGACAUUGGAUUUUUUCGGGGAAUCUUCAAGUCAUUCGCAAUGUCAAAAGUCAAGAAGAUGCUAAUUAGGAGGGGAGCCAAAUUUCAUCCUACCGAGAUGUGCCCCUAUUGUAAGGCAAAGCUGUGGAACAUGUCGCAGGCCGAGAUGAUACCUCUGAGUGCUAGCUGCAGAUUGGGUGCUUAUGAGGACUGCGUGGAAUAUUAUGUCUGCCUCAACGGACAUCUGCUUGGAAUGUGCACCCUCUUGCCCUUGUCUGAUUCUGAAGAGGCUUCUGAGUUUGAGUAAUGAUUGGUUCUGGGUCCAACUGCUGCCCUUUAGGUUCUAUUUUCUCGGAAAACAGUUGAGGUCUCACGGAAUGGAUCCUAGGAUAGAGAGACGAUGAAAUGGAGAUCUUGUGGGCUAUACUUGCCUUCUCUCUGGAGGGAAGUUGACAACAAACUGCCAUAGUCUCAUCGGACCAUGUAAGGAGGUGUUCUGUCCGUGCUGUGGAGAGUGUUCCUUUGGCAGGGCAUUGGCACUAAGAGACAUUAGCUAACCAUUAAUUUGUGAAUCGGCCUUCAAAUUCCAUUGUCAUCAUGGAUCUGUAAUAUAUUGUACAUGUAAUGUUGCACCAUAUGAAUCUUAAGUGGGGAUAGUCGUAUUCAUGAA